AUGGGCGUAGAGGUUGCAUUGGAGUUGAGCUCAAGCCGCAGGAACCUGCGUCAUGGCCUGCUGCAGACUCCCGCCAACGUCGCAGCAAAAGAUGAUGUGGACAGAAGCUUCAGCACCCUCCAAAAGGGCGACGAGCUUAAACGCCAGCGUCCAGUCACUAGCCUUAAUAAAAUCGUGGACCCUCCUCUCGCCCCUAGCCCUUGUCCACCGCAUCGUUCCUCUAGGGGAAUGGCGCGCCAGCUAUCAUCACUGGGGAGGCAUGCUGACCAGUUCAUCCCCGCAUGGGCGAGAUGGGCCGCGCCCUGCGCCCUGCCGCGUUUCAACCAGUGA